AACAAAUGAUUCAUAAAGGUUUCGAAGCUCUAUGAAGCAGUGUUUCGAAAGCGGCCACCACUAGUGACGGCUAGCUUUACCGCCGCAAGAGAGGGAGAAUGGAUGCGUUAAAUAAACUUAAACAGUUUGACGCGUAUCCUAAAACUCUUGACGAUUUUAGGAUCAAAACAUGUGGCGGAGCGACAGUGACCAUCAUCAGUGGACUCAUUAUGCUGAUUCUGUUCUUCUCUGAGCUGCAGUAUUAUCUAACUAAGGAGGUUUAUCCAGAACUAUUUGUAGACACCUCUAGAGGAGACAAGCUAAGAAUCAACAUUGAUGUUAUAUUUCCACAUAUGCCAUGUGCCUAUCUGAGUAUUGAUGCCAUGGAUGUAGCAGGAGAACAGCAGCUAGAUGUGGAGCAUAAUUUGUUUAAACAGAGACUCGACAAAGAGGGCCAACCUGUAGCAACAGAGGCCGAACAACAUGUUUUAGGCAAAGAUGAGGAAGAGGUUUUUGACCCCAGUACGCUUGAUCCUGACCGCUGUGAGAGCUGUUAUGGUGCUGAAACUGACGAUUUAAAGUGUUGUAAUACCUGUGAUGAUGUGCGGGAGGCAUAUCGGCGGCGUGGCUGGGCGUUCAAGACUCCUGACACCAUUGAGCAGUGUAAAAGAGAGGGCUUUAGCCAGAAGAUGCAGGAGCAGAAGAAUGAGGGAUGUCAGGUUUAUGGCUAUUUGGAGGUUAAUAAGGUGGCAGGAAAUUUCCAUUUUGCCCCUGGCAAGAGUUUUCAGCAGUCUCAUGUACAUGUGCAUGCUGUGGAAAUUCAUGAUCUGCAGAGUUUUGGACUUGACAAUAUCAACAUGACACAUUUCAUCAAACAUCUUUCAUUUGGAAAAGAUUAUCCUGGAAUCGUGAACCCUUUAGAUGGUACUAACAUAGCAGCACCUCAAGCAUCAAUGAUGUACCAGUAUUUUGUCAAAAUUGUGCCAACAAUAUACGUUAAAGGAGAUGGAGAGGUGGUUAAAACAAACCAGUUUUCAGUAACAAGACAUGAAAAAGUAGCCAAUGGGCUGAUUGGAGAUCAGGGUUUGCCUGGCAUGUUUGUUCUUUAUGAGCUGUCACCAAUGAUGGUCAAAUUCACAGAGAAGCAGAGGUCUUUCACCCAUUUCUUAACAGGAGUGUGUGCUAUUAUAGGUGGUGUGUUUACAGUUGCUGGACUCAUUGACUCCUUGAUAUACCACUCAGCAAAAGCCAUACAGAAGAAAAUCGAGCUGGGCAAAGCAUCCUAGCACCACACGAACAUAUUCAGUGCAUGAAUGUGUAUGGAAACCUCUGUGUGUUAAAGGAAAGAUGCCACAAUUAAAACCCCAGACUGUUUCUGUUUGUGGCCACAGAGAAGUGUCCAUCAACACAGCCCUCUCGCUAAACAAGCACAGGAGCCUGCGACUAAGACACUGGCCAACUAUAUUUUGGAGGAUCGUAUGGAUUGUGAACUUAUUUAAUGAGUGGUACAUUUGAGUAUCAGUUGUUUACCACUGAAAAUCAAAGCUUUCCUUUGAAAAUGUUGGCCUUCGAAUGUUUUUCACUCUAGUUGAUUUGAAUCAUUUGUUCACUAUAAGUCAGUCAUUGGUUGAUUUGAAAAUUGUGAUUCUCAUUGGAUCACGAACCAGUAUUUUCCUGCAUGUAUUUAUACACUGUCUGCAGAGUUAGGCAAACUAAACCAGCAGUUUUGUAUUCAUUCAAACAUGUACAGUUUAUUUGAUCAAAUUUGCUUCUCAGUCCAUGGCCAAUAGAAGAGGUACCCUUUUUUAAACUGGAAAAAGACUAAAAGAACCCUUUUUUAUAGUCAAGCACACAAUACCGAAACACAGAGGCUGCAGUGGAAAUAGAUGUUUUUGUAAUUGCACCUUUAACUCUAAAGUCAGGGGCCAGGGUGUGUGUGUAUGAGUAUGAAUGCAGGUGGGUGUUUGGGUAUUAAGUAUGAAAGUGUUUUGUAACGUGUCUUGGCGGCGGCUUUUGUGUGUGGGACAAAUGUAUUUAUAUUUUGAUUGUGUGAAACCCUUUUUAAAAUGAGAAAUAAAUGUAAUA